CCAUCUCGGUCAACCAUCCCCUACAAUGCGUCCUACUACCGGAGGCCGCCAUCCUUCACUCACCAAUAGCCUAAGAGAGCCCGAGGUUCGGGACUCAACUUUGGUAUGAAGAAUUCUCAUCACCCCUGUUUAAAAGAACGCGCGAUUAUUUUCCUAACAUGUGAACCUAUUGUGGGCCCUUUUCGUCAAUAGAUGCGAGAUUCAACACACCAGCCACACGAGCCUCGAUCGCAAUAUCCUUUCCCACGCCACCAACAGGAUGUGCGCAGGCCGGGCUUGCAACAGCGACACCAGGUCUACCCCAACGUUCAUUCACCAGAGCGCCCGUAUGCCCUCCAACAUGUCUCGGAAUCACCAAGAAGCUCUCAAGACCCACAGCACCAUCCAAGACCGCCUCCUCCACCAUCCUACUAUUCUGGAGGGUCUGGGACACAAGCAUAUCGUCCAAUGAAGCCUCACUUGAUGGGUAGGGAUCACAGCGAAGGCGAAGCAGCUCUAGGAGGAGCAACUGGAGUUUCUGAGAACUUCCGCAACCAUAGCGUGCCAGGAGUCGAUCAUAGAAAGGGUAGUCUACCGGGUCAGGAACCUGAUAAGAAUCAUCCUGGCGCAGGGGUUCACUCAGAGGGCCCUCCCUCGCAGAGUGGGAAUAGUACAUAUUCCGCAGGACCAUCCCAUCAGCCGCCGAGGACACACGGUUCCAUUGGAGAUGCCCCACGGGGCGCCAUGUCGCCAAGAGUACAGCAACCCUUGGAAUCCCCAGAAGAUGCGUCGUCAGUGAAUCCAACUCAUCGACACCCAGGCGACUUGAGUGAUGGAGACGAGCGUUACGCUGCUAAGCGUGGCAGCAUUGCUACUGAUAGUGCUCACUCCUCAAAUGCUACGCACCCUGGCCAAUCAUACGGGUCACCUCAGCGUCAUCACCCCCACCCACCAUAUCACGACUUCCAACGACCAGAUCGAUUGCACUCUAUGGGAGGAAACAAGGCGCAUAAGGAUUCGCCACAGUCGACUCCCUCACUGCCCUCUGGUAACAAGUAUAAUACCCUUCCCCCUCCAACAUCACAUGUUGGCGCGGCGCCCAUCCAGGCCAUGCCCUCGCCUGCAAUCCCUCCCCCAAUCUCUGCUGCUGCUGGCCCUGCAUUCACCUCGGCUACUCAACACCAUCAGCAACAGUCGUCAUUUUCGUUAACGGGCCAUCGACUCCCCGGAUCUCCGACCAGUCCACGUACUACAGAGGAAUUGGAGAACCGGCUGCAUUAUGUGGAGGAUGUGUGCAUGUCACUGAAGCAGCACACACAGAAACUGGAGCAGCUGCAAGCAUCACAGGAGCGAACGAUUCAAUGGAUGCGAGAGCGAAUCGAGCAAAUGACGGAUACUGCUCUAGCGCGUCGAGGUAUGUCUUUUGCUGAUGGAUCAUUACGCACUAUUCAUACGAACAAAAAACAACCUGUAUUGAUUAUGCUUCGCUCUGUUAAUAUUGGUAUAGACUCGGUUACGUCGCCACUGACGCCUCAGUCUGGGGUGAUGGUGAUGGCCAACAAGAGAAAAGCAGAGUCUAUCCCGGACGACACUCGGAACCGGGCGCGGUACGAGUCGUUUGGGAUCGAUGGCCUAGAUCAGCACCAUCAUCAUAUUCAUGGGCAUGGACAUGGUCACAGCGGUCCAACGGGGCCGGUGCCUGGAGGCCCUGGGUUUGAAGGCCCUACACGUGGAGGAUAUCACGAGCAGGGAUCUGCUCCGAGCGCAGAGGUCCAGCGUUACCAGCAACAACAGCAACACACACAUUAUCAGGACCAGCAUCGCCAGCAUACAAUGAUUCCGCAGAUGCACCACCAACAUCAACAGCAACACCAGCAGCAACAGGGCAAUCACGGGCCACAGCAUCGUGCUCAUCGUCCUGCUCCUGCAGCCCCAGGAAAACUUUACCUAUGAAUAUCUACUCUAAUCUUUUCGCGAUUCAUCAUUUCACAUAUCUUGCUUUUUCCGUUUCUUUGCUGUUUCGUUCAUUUGUUUGUUUGUUUGUUUGUUUGUUUAUUUGCAGCCUUUAGUGUAAUCCCAAUGUAAGAAAUACUAGCAUACCCACUAAUAUAUGAAAAGCUGAAAAGCUGGAAAGAUAAUAUCCCAGUUGUUGCGAGUACAG